GAGAGAGAGAGAGAGAGAGAGAGAGAGAGGAUUGUUAAGGGGGACUUGAUAAAUUUGCUGGUCACGUUGACAUUACGAAGGAAGAAAUUGAACAGUGAACAUUGAAAGAUGAUCAUCAAAUGGUUACUCCUGGCCACUGCACUGGGGUUGCAAGGGGCAAUAUUAGCCAGUCCAUCUCAGCCUCUCUCGAUGUUGCCAAGGGCCAAUCAGCAGGAUGGCCUACCCACUACAGAGAGGCCGUUCCUUGUUAACCUUGGACUAGAAGGAGCCGUGACUGAGAAAGACUGGGAUAAAGCAACGAUCCACGACGCUCCAGCCCCUAAUAUAACGAUCUCCGAUUUCAUGAAAUGCGGCUACGAAGUGACGAUCACAGGCAAGACCAUGAAGACGAUCAAAGAGAGGGAAAUAUACGCUUUCCAGGGAUUCCGAUUUGCGCAGGCGCCGACUGGCGAACGCAGAUUUAAAAAAACCGUACCAAUAGGACCAUAUUUCAAACCCGCCAAAACUAUUACAGCCACCCGUAUAGGGGCCAAAUGCCCCCAAAUGUCUAUGAUUGGAGCUGGAGCUUCUGGAAAGGAAGAUUGCUUGUUCCUGAAUGUUUACACACCUUAUCUUCCUGUCGAAGGGAAGUCUCUUCCAGUCAUGGUAUGGAUUCAUGGAGGUGCUUUCAUCUCAGGGGACGCUUCUCUUUACAUGCCCACACGACUUCUGGACAAGGACAUCAUCUUGGUGGUCAUCCAUUAUCGUUUAGGAUCCCUUGGUUUUUUCAGCCUCAACAACGAUGAUGCUCCUGGGAACGUUGGCCUCUGGGAUCAGAUUGAAGCUUUGAAAUGGGUACGUAAUAAUAAUCAAGGCUUUGGUGGAGAUCCGGAACGAGUGACCGUAUCUGGUGAAAGUGCUGGAUCAGCCUCUGUCAAUUACCUGCUUCUCCUGAAGAACGAAACGCAAGGAUUGUUCAGGGCAGUAAUUGCCGAGAGUGGCUCAGCAUUAGAUCACUGGGCACUCGAUCCUGACCCCGUGACCUCCGCCAAACUCAUUGCAGGAAAGAAUGACUGCCCCAUUGAUAACCUCACAGAGUUGUACAACUGCAUGAUGGAGGCUCCAGCUGAUCAGUUGACAACUGUCAUCGCCAAUUUUGUCGGUGAGGAUCGAAGAGCGGGGCAGAUGGGCUUCCGAGGGGCGGCGCCCGUCGUGCAAGACGAGGACCUAGAGGCUGCCCUGGUGACGAAGCACCCGAAGAAGUAUUACGAAGACGGAGAUGUGAAUGAUGUUCCUCUCUUCAUAGGCAAGCACGAGGGAGAGUUUGUGUUUGCAAUAAUGUACUGGGAAUAUCUAAUACCAAAUCAUAGGCUUGAAGACACGGAAUAUCUGAGGGAAGAUAUGAUGAAGGAUCUUCUGUUGACCUUUGGAAUUUCCGAUCCCAGCAAUGGAAUUGGAGAAGCUCUGAAAGAUGACUACGUAGGUGGAAGGGAUCUGGCAGACUUCGAAAACGCCACUCCAGGAUUGGUUGAUUUAGCAGGGAUGCUGUUCCUCAAAGCCGGGGCGUGGGAGACUGCCAAACAGCACGCGAACAAAACCACCUCGAAGACUUUCGUUUACUCUUUUGACUUCGAGUCUGAUGACUCCAUCUUCAAGAUCUUCUUCCCAGAUUACAAGAACGCACCAUUCAAACACGAUGGGGUGUGCCAUGCGGACGAAAUGAUGUACAUUUAUAGCCUGCCAGCCCACCUGGAUGAGACGCAGUUGAAAGUGAAGGACAAGAUGGUGGAAAUGUGGACCAACUUCGUCAUAUAUGGAGACCCAACUCCCGAGGAAGCUCGUGACAGCUGGUCGAAAUUGAAUAUUCCUAAGUGGGAAUCUUUGCAGACGGGAAAUCACCACUAUAUGUUGAUUGAGGAGGAAUGUCGACUUAUGAAAGAAUAUCCUGACAGGUGGCACAUUACCCUCGACGAGGACAUAAGCGACCGUUCAACUGCCCCGCCCCCUUCUACAACCAGUGGUCCUUCCCAAGAAGACUACGAUUUCAUCUCCAAGCAAAGAACAGCCUUCAUGGUGUCAAUGAUCGUGUUCAUUGUCACCACUGUGGUUCUGGGAGGCCUCGCCUUCUACUAUUGCAGAGCCCGUUCGAGCUAGUGGGGCUUGUCACACUGGAAUAUUGUUGGAACAAUCUAAUGGCACUUUUUCAGCUAUGAAUAUUUUUGGGACAAUUUAAUAGGAAUUUUCAGCUAUGAAUAUUGUUGGGCCAAUUUAAUAGGAAUUUUCAGCUAUGAAUAUUGUUGAGACAUUUUAAUAGGAAUUUUCAGCUAUAAAUAUUGUUGGAACAAUUUAGUGGGUCUUUUCAGCUAUGAAUAUUGUUGGAACAAUUUAAUGGUAAUUUUCAUUUAGGAAUGUUGUUGGAACCAUCUAAUGGCACUUUUCAGCUACGAAUAUUGAUGGAACAAUGUAAUGGCACUUUUCAGUUAUGAAUAUUGUUGGGACAUUUUAAUAGGAAUUUUCAGCUAUGAAUAUUGUUGGGACAAUUUAAUGGGACUUUGUCUGCUAUGAAUAUUGUUGGAAUAAUUUAAUGGUAAUUUUCAGCUAUGAAUAUUGUUGGGACAAUUUAAUGGAACUUUUCAGCUAUGAAUAUUGUUGGAGUAUUUUAAUGGGAAUUUUCACACAACAAUAUUGUUGGAACAAUCUAAUGGCACUUUUCAGCUAUGAUUAUUGUUUGAACAAUUUAAAGGUACCUUUUCUGGUGUGAAUGUUGUUGGGACGAUUUUAUGAAUAUUGUUGGGACAAUUUAAUGUGUCUUUUCAGCUAUGAAUAUUGUAGGAACAAUUUAAUGGUAAUUUUCAGAUAUAAAUAUUGUUGGAACAAUUUGAUGGCACUUUUCAGUUAGAAUGUUUUUGGAACAAUUUAAUGGCACUUUUCAUAUAUGAAUAUUGUUGGAACAUUUUAAUGGGAAUUUUCACACAGCAAUAUUGUUGCUAUAAAUAUUGUUGAAACACCUCAUUGAGAAUUUUCAGUUACGAUUAUUCUUGGCACAAUUAAUGACACUUUCCAGAUAGGUUAAUUGUUGGAACAAUUUAAUUACACUUCAAUUAGGUAUAUUGCUAGGACAAUUCAUUAACACUUUUCAGUUAGGAAUAUUAUUGGAACAAUUUGAUGAAGGACACUUUCCAGUUAGAUUGUUGGAACGUUUCAUUUGCUUAAUCAUAAUACCUGGAGAUUUAGUAUUCAUUUAGUACUUUUCUUACAUCAGGCUUUUCAGUGUGAUUUGCAAAAACUAUGUUAUUUCUAAAGUAUUAUGGCAAUACUGAUUAUUCUGACACUGUGAAUAUAUAUAACGUAAAAUUCCUGUUUUUGAAAAUAGCACUUAAGGCUUCUAAACAUGUCUUAACUUUCCAUAAUAGGUCACUCCUUUUUCUAUAUGACAAAAAAUAAAUAUAUCAACAGAACUAUAUCAGAUACUUCUGUCUAUAAGAAGGUUGAACUGUUUUAGUCAUUAUGAAAUACAUUUCUUUACUAGAUCACUAUACUUCUCAGAUUAUAUUAGUUUAGUUGAAUAAGAUUCUAGAUGUAUAGAAAAUGUGAUUCUCUGUUAUGUAACAAAGUGAAGUUAUCUAAUAGUAUCUUGUAUAUACUAAACUCCCAUCUGUAUUUCGUACUGAAGGUAUGGCUUACAUAUAUUGUACGUAAAUAAAAUAAAAUUUACCAUGGGAGACUA